CUUGCGGAGAGGAGGGGCGGGGCGUGGAGGGAGGAGAGCGUCGGGAGCGUGCAGGGCGUCCCAGCCAUGAGGGCGGCGGUGAGGCUCUGGUUGUCCCUCGCUGCGGUCGCUGCGGUGACGGCGCUGCGGUGCCCCGACGGCGCCUCCGAGUGUCCCCAAAACACCACGUGCUGCGUCGCCGCCGGGGGGGCCUGGGGCUGCUGCCCGAUGCCGGAGGCGGUUUGCUGCCGGGAUGAGGAGCACUGCUGUCCCCGCGCCACCAGCUGCGAUUUGGAGCGCGGACGCUGCGUGUCGCCCGUGGGGGACUUCGCCAUGGCCACCAAAUUCCCAGCGUGGAAGAGGCCGCGUGGUGCCGCGGCGCGACCUCAGCCCCUCGUCCCUGCAGUGGCGCUGCGCCGGCUGACCUGUCCCGACAACAGCUCCGCCUGUCCCGACAGCGCCACGUGCUGCCAGCUGCCAUCGGGGCGCUACGGCUGCUGCCCCCUACAGAAACGUGAGUGCGUCCCCAAACGUCCCCCCGUGGUGGUGGCACUCGGUGCCGUGCUGUCACCACGCUGUCCCCACGCAGGCGGUGUGCUGCAGCGAUGGGUGGCACUGCUGUCCCCAAGGCACCACGUGUGA